AUGGCUGCGCCCAUACGUAAAGUUGAGAGAGAAUUGGAUAUUAAAUUAAAGAGCGAACAGGUGGAAAUAUUGCAAAGCCUUGUGGAAAAGAGGGACUGUAUGGCAGUUUUACCAACAGGGUUUGGCAAAUCAUUGCCUUUUCAACUUCUCCCGCUUGUUCAGAAGGAGAUGGGUCGUACCGGCAUGGUUCUGGUGUGCUGCCCGCUUGUGUCUUUAAUGAGAGACCAAGUGGAUAGAACAAAUACAAUUAAAGGCUUGACAGCGGCAUAUAAAGAUUUAAUAGGUCAAACUCCUGAUUUGGACAAGGAGAUAUUGGAUGGGAAAAUUGAUGUUGUGUAUGGGAGUCCCGAGUCAUUACUGGGUGAAUGGAGGGAACAGCUGCAACAUCUUGAUGUAUCUGCUAUUGUCAUUGAUGAAUUUCAUUUGAUUUCCACAUGGGGAGAUGAUGAUGCACAAAAUGGGAAGAAAGCAUUCCGACGGUGGUUUGGUGAGCUGGGAGAACUUAGAUCCCUGUUCCCUAGUGCUCCUUUGUUGGCUCUGAGUGCGACAUGUACACAGAAAAUACAGAGACGAGUCAUCAAAGCCUUAGCCUUGAAUCAUCACACAUACGUGUAUAAAUCCCCUGACAAGAGGAACAUCAAGUAUAGUGUUAAAAAAGUUCCCGGUGACAUUGAUAUGGCAUGGACAUGGUUAGUGGAUGGUCUCAUGGAACUGGGAGCUUUGUUUCCAAAAACACUUAUAUACUGUAAGUCCAUUAGUGAUGUAGCGAAGAUCUAUGACUACAUAAAUGAUGAGGUGUCCAAAGAAUUUGAGUCAUUCAUUGGUAUGUUUCACUCUGAGACGGAGAGUUCUAUAAAGGAAAGAAUAUUGUUAUCUAUCAGGGAUGAGCAGAGCCUACUGAGGAUCAUCAUAUCCACAAAUGCAAUGGGUAUGGGAGUGGACUUUAAGGGUCUGUCUAACAUUGUUUUAUAUGGCCCACCUUGUUCAAUGCUCGAUCUCGUUCAAGAAAUUGGACGUGCAGGGAGGGGGGGUGAGAAGUCUAUAGCCGUACUUAUGUACAACUCUCAUCACCUGCAACAGUGUGACUCUGACGUGAAGAGACUUUAUAAAGAGAACACAUGCAGAAGAAUUCUGAUGAUGGAACCAUUUCUCAGAGAGAAUGAUCUGGAUGAUCUCAAAUCCAGCACUGGAGACUGUACCUGCUGUGAUAUUUGCCAAGAGAGCUGUUCGUGUGGAAGUUGUGCUCUUCUGCCAUUUGAAAAACUGUGUGUGGGAAAUACAGAUUCAGGACACGAUACUGAAGACUCAGACAGUACUGAAGAUCUCUCUGAUUUUGAUUUUGAUGAUUUGAAUUUAAUUCCUUGA